UAGGCCUUGCUUUGGCUGCGGCCUUGCGCGGCUCGAAGUUGACGUCCCGGGAGAACUUACUUAAAAACGAAGCAUUGCACUUGUACCGAAUGUCUACGGCUUAAGAAGCACUAAUUUACCACUGAACAACUAACACUCACAACCGCAGUCCAACAUGCCUAGCAGCCCUCGCCUCCCGACUACAACUUCAAAGCUCCAAAGCAUGCUUAUUCCGCGCCCUCCACGCGUGACUCUUCUUCCGCUUCAAUCUGUCUGGCAACCUGCCAGGCUUCCCACACCUGGCAAUGUGAGAGCCCGCUUCAACAGCUCUCUAGGCCAAGAAUGGAAGGGCUCUUCAACCGACGACCAUGCCGUGAAGAGAUCGAAGGACAAACGGGAUAUAACAGAUCCUCAGACAGAAUCUUCCGCUUCUGGGCUGAAGGAGAAAAAAGAAAGCGCGGGUGUCGCAGACGAAUCCAAGCAGGGAGCGGUGACGGAGAGGGAAGGUCUCAAGCAGGAGCGUCAAGCUAAAAAGGAACACCCUAAGGCGCCUGAACCGAUAAUCGGUAUGAAUGAUGAAAGAGCUGAGAAGGGUACUUGAUCGCACCGAUUGACCACUUGAGGCAACUAGUUUUGCAUGCGUUCGUGACCUUCGAUUGUCGUUGUAUUAUUCAUGGCAUGUGGUUGUCUCGUUACAGAAAUUGCCUUAUAUCGACUGUACAUAGAUGGAAUAUAUUUCUGGUCUAUCGGCCAGGUUUGAACGAA